GCAUGCGCAUUGCGGCCGUGCGCGAUAUUCAAACUCGGGUCCGUUCCGUCGUCUGGCUUUGCAGCCAUGAGCUCUCCGCAGGUGCGCUACCGCAACCAGCUCUUAACACCGGGCAGCGGUGACAUGUUCACCACUCCCCGGCGCUCCACGGGCUCUGGCAUCCAUGGAGCAACGACAUCCGGCGGAGGGGUCUUCCUCUCGCCGGCCACGCACCGACAGCAGAAUGUCCCCGGCUGCGACGAUGGAUCGGUGGCCAACUCGCCCCUGUUCCUCGGCAGCAAGAAGAGUGAUGCCGACGACCGCAAGGAGAGGCGCAAGUCCCGGGUGAUAGAGCUGCAACAGAGGGGAGGGGUGAGCCCCAUCUCGCCUACCAUAGACCGGCGCAGAUCUCUCUUGACCUUGCCUGGUGGGAUGACCAACACUCAGCUAUCUGAGCAUUAUUCCACGUGCAUCAAACUAUCAACUGAAAAUAAAAUCACAACCAAGAAUGCUUUUGGCCUGCAUUUGAUCGAUUACAUGGCCGACUUGUGUAAACAAAAAGGAACUGAAAUGACCAACUUUCAGAUGGCAGCAGGGACACUGGAUGCCAGCACCAAAAUUUACGCAGUGCGAGUAGAUUCCGUGCACGCCGAUGCUUACAAGAUGCUGGGAGACAUUGCUGGAAAUUCUCAAACCUCAAAUGAGCAGCAAGCAGGUGAUGGAGAAGAAAACCCAGAUAACGGAGUGCAUAAAGGCAAGCCGAAGCAGAGGAAGAAGAAUUCGGUGAAGAAUAUCGAAACGAAUUUGGACAAAAUCACAAACAGCAAAUUUGAUGGGGAGGAGCAGUGUCAGCCGUUGUUGAAGACUGGUACCUCGUACGACGAGUGUGGAACGAUGGGCCUCCUCCUGAAUAACCUCAAGUGUGCGGACUACAGCUGUAAUCUUCUGUUCGACUGCGACCUGGUGCCGCUACGAGUAAACUCCAAGUACACGCCGCCCACCAUUUCCACUCUCACCGACAUCUCUGAGCUACGCGGCAUUCUGCAGCAGUCUUCAUUUGAGGAGAAGAUGAUUUGUCCUUCCAUGGCCUCUUUCUUGUUCAAUCAGGGUGAUAACGAUACUUCAAAACUGGAUGCCAUGGCCAUGCUAGAGAAGCUCAAAGGCGGCCGUCUGGCCUUUGAUAUGGAUGCGGAGCCUCAACCCCUAGAAGAUGACUACGAAGAUGACGACAACGAUGGCGGCGGUGACUUCGGGGUCAUGGGAGACGAUUUCAAUGGUGACAACGGCGAGGGCGGGACGAUCAACGAAUUCAGGACCGGUUGCGCUGCCGUGGCUGGGAAGAGCAAUGCUGUCAUGAGGAUUGAGAAUGCUGGCAUUGAGACAAUGCGGGGACAGCUGUCUCUCCAGCCCAGCGAAUACUCUUACUUUGAUCCCAAGUUACUGUCAACCUGGGCAGGCCCUGACCAUUGGAGGCUUAAGCCCAUAUAUAAAGUUUCUUUAUUGUCUGACAAAGAUGUAACUAAAACACUUAAAGUGAAGAAGACGUUCGAUCUCGACUUUGACCAAGAAAUCAAUUUGAAUGAAUUCAAGCAGUCAAAGGCAGCUACAACCAUCACAAAGACAACUGUGGAAAAAUACAACAUGAAAUCAACGACCCUUCCGGAUGACUUUCACUACGACCCGGAAAACCUUAUCCGUGCGUUCCUCAGACCUUCGCUCAAGCUGAUGCGGGUCGUCCGAGCCGACAUGGGCAGCAAUCAUGACGACGGCAUCGCUGCGUACAACUACGAUAAUGCUAACGACGCCGCCAAUUACUGCCCCGCGCUGCCGGCUGCUGAUGACGACGACGACGACGACGACGAUGCGGGACCUGCAUACGAGCCUGGACAAUUUAACACCACAGACCAGACCCAGAACUUCAGCCAGACCAUGUGCUUAUACUCAGACUCCAUGAACAACAACGCCACCUUCUACGGAGGAGACAAUCUUGUUGCCGAGCCUCACAAGGUUAACAAGAUUCUGCUUGAUUAUGCGAAAACGGCAAAGAAAAUGGACGUCAAGAGGCUGAAGCAGAACAUUUGGAAUAUGCUGACAAUGCAGGAGGGAGACAUGAAUAAUGCAAAUGAAAAUGAAGAAGCAAAAGUCUCCAAAGAAAUUCUCUUUUCAGAAAUGUACAAAGAACUACCCGCCAGGUUACCCAUCUCGAUGUCUAAGAACCUGUCGGUGCCCAUGGCGUUUGUCUGUCUCCUGCACCUGGCCAAUGAGAAGAACCUGGUGAUCUCUGGACAAGAAGACCUGAUGGACCUGAAAAUAAAUCAGGACCUUAGCUAAUAGCCGACGUACAACUAUGUUACGUCUGCUUGUACAGUCUCCCAGCAAUACUGUUCAAUGCAUUUAUAUUGUAAUACAGAAUGUACAUGGGAUCAUCGUUUUUAAAUCUCUAUUUCAUGGUGGGCUUUAGGCAGAAUUAUUCUGAACAGCAAAUAUCUUUGUAAUGUUCAUAUUUUUAAGGUAAAUGGCCAUUGGAAGUAUUUUUAUAAGAAUAAUCGCUAGUACUGUUUUUAUAUCAACAGAGAGAGAGAGAGUAAAUUGUAAUUGAUUUUAACUAUAUACAGUCGUUAAAGUAGAAAAUGUGAAUACUGCAAUGUAAAUGGCAGGAAUUAAUCUUUUUAAUGUAUUACCUGUUUUCACUAGUUUGAGUCGUAUUCAUUUUUGUAUUUGUCAAUAUAUCCACCUUCAAUCUAUCACAACUUUACAGGCGAUGUCUCAAAUGCUUUGGCACAAAUAUUUAUCGGCGCCAAUGCACCCCGAAUAUCCAACCAUGACAUUGAAGGGAAAUCGCUUACUCAGUGGGGAGAAGUGACAUGGCCUUGCGGUAGCACGUUCACCACUUGUUGCAGUUCGAAUCCGGCAGCUGCCCUAAUUAUUCCUGUGGGUAUUAUCAAUACAAGUCGUCUGCUUCAGAGUUGACAUUAAAGACCCCCCCCCCCCAUUAUUCGCAAGAGUAGACUAUUGUGUACCUGCGUCUGGGUUAAAAUUUGAAAAAAAAAUUAACUUAUCCACAACUUGCUCAAUUAGGAUUCUACAUAGCAAAUCAUUGCCUCCUACUGGCAGACUAAUUCCGGUCUUCAGGCAGGCCAGAUGCCGAGUCACCCGCAGGGACAACUGCCACUAGGGGUGGCCUUUGAAAUGUGUGAGAUAUGCUGUAAAUCGCCAUGAGAUACCCAAGCGUAUAGGGCACGAAUGAAUGAGCUUUAUUACAUACUCCAUUUCAGUGUUCUUUUUCUCGUGCACUGAACUUGAUUGGUCUGGCCUGCCUGUGGCUACUGGGGUCUUUGUUAUGGUGAUUACACAAGCAGCUUUACAAUACUUUAGCUUGUCUUAAAUCGUGUGAAAAGUUAUCCUUUGGUUGUAGAGGCUGGAAACGUACAUGGUCUGGUGUGGCACUGCGCCAAUGCUUGCUGCCUGCCAUACUGUCCCAGGGUCGAAUUCCUCCUUGUGCUUUUUGUUGAAGCCUGCAUUCAAUUACACCUUCAUGUGGUAUCUGUGUAGAAUAGCCAGUCUCAAUAGUGCCUUGUGCCAAGAGAGCAACAUUUUUUUACUUAAAUAUAUAGCCUUGUAUUUAUAGACCGCUGUGAUAGGUGCAAGAUUGGAGGGUUUCUUUUUAUAAAAAUGGAUUGAAUGAUUGCAUGCUCACAAGUAGGCAUUUCAAUGCAUUUUUCUUCAUAUUUUCCUUCCGCUCUUUCCCACCAACACAGCUCCAACAUCACAGGUAGCUAGGUUUGUGACUGUUCCCAUCCAUGCUUUUAAAAGUAAACUUUUAUCCAAGUGGACCUGGGGCUGGGUCUUAUGUCAAUGUUUUAUUUGACCACUUUUUUGUAAUAAAAUUAGU